AUGAUGGACAGGGUUAUGAGAAUACUGCGAUGCGUGCUCUUUGCGUUCUUCAUCGUAUGCAAUGCCAUAAUAUGCAGUGGGGCUGUAUGGAAUCUCAGCCUGAUGCAACCAUUAGGAUGGCGCAUGGAAGUAAACGUUUACUUGAUAGUAAUUGGCGCGAUAGCAGUCACCUUUAGCUUCGCUCUAAUGUUUUGUGAACUUUUGCGACCGAAUGGGUUCACAAGUCUGGUAUGGGUCGAGUGUGCAUGGGUUACGCUGUUCUUAGUUCUUGAGCUAGCUGGAGCGUCCGCCUUCUUGGCCAUCGUACCUGCUUUGACAUGCCAACCCCUGGGAGUCCCCGCAAGAUUGAAUGAUGGAAGGAGAUCACGGCUCCUAACUCGCGUAAACGGUGCCUGCAGCUCCACGCGCUUAGUCCUUGCUUUCACUUGGAUUUGUUCGUUGAUGCUCCUCAUUUAUGUCUGUUUCUUGACCAUCUCUGCGGUCAUUCAAUCGAAAGAUGAUCCAAAGAUUUGGGUUAGCUCGGUUCGGCAUCUUCGGUGGUCUGAGGAACGGCGACAACUCUCCAGCGCCCCGCCAUCUCCCACCAGACCUCGCUUCAUCAAGAAGAACCCCUCUAUAGUCGCGCCGAGACCUCGUCGGGUGCUACAAGCGCCUAACAUCUACGCCUACCGCUCGGGUCUCAGCGAUGACUAUCAGAUCGAACACUUCCAACCUCCGAACGCUAUCCAAUCAGAGCCAGUUGAACCGGAACCAGCUCUUCUGCUGCGAAACGAUUCUCAACCCCCCGUCAACUACAAUGCCUACCCGGCAGUUUCAUUCUACCCCCAAUACAUGCAAUCUGCGAUUACUCCUGCAAUACAUCAACAAUUACCCCCGGAGCAACAAGCUGGUCCAUCUUCUCCUCCGCCUCUCGGUGACUGGCCGAGAAGGGAUGUCCUAUCACAUCCAGCAAAGCCAAAGCGACGCCCGGCGCCACCGCUCGAUGAUGAAUUGGCGGCGAUCGCCAAUUUAACAUCUCCUUCAGCGUCACAUACUCGCCGUCCCUCGGGACCUCGUACACGUUCGACAAUGAACGCCUAUAACUCCCGACCGCCGCCGCCGUUGGACUUGACAAACAUAAGUUCACAUCGGACAUAA